AUGGUCACACCCUCCGGCCCAGAAGGCUCUGCAGGGACCAACCCUUCGCCUCGGGAACAGUCAGGAUUGCCCGUCCGCCUGCAAUAUGAGCGCCCCCGCCGCGACCCCCAUCUUCGCGCCUGGAGAGAACUGCAGGCCUGAGUGGCUGGCGGCGCCCGCGUCCUACGACGCGUCGGACAUGCACCUGCAGAUCCUGGGCAAGCCAGUGAUGGAGCGCUGGGAGACUCCCUACAUGCACGCGUUGGCGGCCGCCGCCGCCUCCAGAGGGGGCCGGGUCCUGGAGGUGGGCUUUGGCAUGGCCAUCGCAGCAACCAAGGUGCAGGAAGCUGCCAUCGACGAGCACUGGAUCAUUGAGUGCAACGAUGGUGUCUUCCAGCGGCUCCAGGACUGGGCCCAGCGGCAGCCACACAAGGUGGUUCCCCUGAAAGGCCUGUGGGAAGAGGUGGCACCCACCCUACCAGAUGGUCACUUUGAUGGGAUCCUGUACGACACGUAUCCACUGUCUGAGGAAACCUGGCACACGCACCAGUUCAAUUUCAUCAGGGGCCAUGCUUUUCGCCUGCUGAAGCCUGGGGGCAUCCUCACCUACUGCAACCUCACCUCCUGGGGGGAACUGAUGAAGUCCAAGUACUCCAACAUCAGUACCAUGUUUGAGGAGACACAAGUACCGGCGCUGCUGGAGUCGGGCUUCCGCCGGGAGAACAUCCACACACAGGUGAUGGAGCUGGUCCCGCCUGCUGACUGCCGCUACUAUGCCUUCCCACAGAUGAUCACACCCCUGGUCACCAAGCACUAGGUCUGGCGCACCACCCUCUGAGUGCCUUCGUGGCCAGGAGCUCAGGCUCUGGCUUCAGCCCAGCUUCUAGUUGAAGCAGCACCAGCUGUAAGACCCCAGCUACCUUCCCUAACCUCUGCAAGAGUACCAGUAUCAGCCUUCUUCUGGGGUCACAGGGAUGAAAUAAAUGCUAACACUAGGCUGGCCAAUCAGCACACAUUGCAAAAGUGUGCUCUCACUCCUCCAAAAAGAAAAAUCUGUUGCACGGCUUGUGUCAAUCAAUUGGAGUGUCCCAUGCACCAAGAUUUCUGGUUAGGACACAUGCCUGGGUUGUGGGCUCAAACCCCAGUAGGGGGUGUGCAAGCCAGCGGAGGGGUGUUUCUCAUCAAUGUUUCUAUUUCUAUCUCCCC